AUGGCCUCCUCUCGUGUCUUUGCCUCUCGCCUGGCCUCCCAGAUGGCCGCAACCACCAAGGUUGCCCGUCCUGCUGCUCGUCUCCAGCUGGCUCCCAAGCGGACCUUCACCACCCAGCGCAAGACCGCUCUCCCCAUGACCCCCUUCCAGACCGUCAAGCGUCAGCAGCCCAGCCUCAUCCAGGCCAACGCUCGCCAGGUCUUCGCCAACGUCCAGUCCCGCCGCCAGUACUCCUCUGAAAUCGCCGAUGCCAUGGUCCAGGUCUCCCAGAACAUGGGUAUGGGCUCUGCCGCCAUCGGUCUCGGUGGUGCCGGUAUCGGUAUCGGUCUCGUCUUCGGUGCCCUCCUCCUCGGUGUCUCCCGCAACCCUGCUCUGCGUGGUCAGCUCUUCUCCUACGCCAUUCUGGGUUUCGCUUUCGUCGAAGCCAUCGGUCUGUUCGACCUGAUGGUUGCCAUGAUGUGCAAGUACGUCUAA